CACUGCAUAGUGUUCGUGCAGAGAUGAUCGAAAUGUUUAUGUUAAUUCCGCUUGCAGACUGUCUUGUAUAAUGUGAUUCGCACUGUUGUUGACCAUCUCACCAUCAGAAGAGGACAGUGCAUGCAGCUUUAAUGCACGUAGUGUUUUUUCUGCUGCCUUGAUUUAUAUAGACUUGCUUGGCCUUUAUCAGCUAGACACUUGACCUCAAGCACUCACAAGGGGGAUCCUGUUGAAUUCCUGCUCAUCGUUUCCUGUAUGUUAAGGACGCGCUAAGAAGGUCAAUCAUGACAUCUAGUAAACAAAUACGUGUGAUGGUCCUCAAUGAUAUGGAGAAACUUGAAAGGACCCUCUUCCGUCUGGACCAAGGCUUCGAGCUCCAGUUUCGUCUGGGCCCCACUCUGCAGGGGAAACAUGUGCACGUUCACACUAACUACCCUGCUGAGGGGGAGCGCUUUGAUCGGCACAAAUUCCGUGCCUUAAACUGGAUCAACCCCACUGGAAGAGAAGAUGAUUCUGACAAGUUAUGCACCCUUGAACUCCAGAUUUCAGGCUCAUACCAGUAUUACUUUGGCCAUGGAGAUGAAAAGAAGUCUGGUGGUGGAUAUAUUGUGGUGGACCCAGUACUCCGGGUAGGGCCAGACAACCAUGUUUUGCCACUAGACUGCAUCAGUAUCCAGACAUACUUGUCCAAAUGUCUUGGGCCCCUGGAUGAGUGGCUGGACCGACUCAGAGUUGCCAAAGAAGCAGGAUAUAAUAUGAUUCACUUCACGCCACUGCAGACAUUAGGCGAGUCUCGGUCCUGUUAUUCUCUGGCUGAUCAACUGGAGCUCAACCCAGACUUCUCCCUGCCCGGACAAAUGUAUACUUGGACAGAUGUUGGCAACCUGGUGGAGAAAAUGAAGAACGAGUGGAAUAUGCUGUGCAUCACUGAUGUGGUUUACAAUCAUACAGCUUCUAACAGCAAAUGGAUAAAGAAACAUCCGGAGUGUGGUUAUAACCUGGUUAACUCUCCUCACCUGAAGCCGGCCUGGGUGCUGGACAGAGCUCUGUGGCACUUCACCUGUGAUAUAAGUGAGGGCAAGUACGCAAACAAGGGUCUCCCAGCACUUAUCCAGAGUCACGAACACCUUCAUGCUCUCCGUGGAAUCCUCUGGCAGGAUGUCUAUCCCAAGAUUAAACUGUGGGAGUUCUUCCAGGUGAAGGUGGAUCCUGUGGUUGACCAGUUUAGGUCUUUACUCCAAAGCGGAGCAACACCGGACAGAAGCAAAACGAAUGAAAAACAGCAGCUGAAGAUUGUUCAGGACCCUCAAUACAGGCGCUUUGGUAACACGGUUGACAUGAACUCUGCUCUGGAGAUCUUUGUGCCCCAUAGUAACAGUCCCAGUGCCGUUGAAGACUGCUGUAACUGGCUGAGAAGGAGACUGGAGGAGUUAAAUGAUGAACAGUUCAGAGAAAUCCAGCACCACCAGGAACAGGCGCUUAACUGCAUUGAUGGAACUGUGACCUAUGACAGACUGGCUGACCACGGACCCAAGCUGGGCCCCGUCACCAGGAAACAUCCUCUGGUCACAAGAUAUUUCACUUUUCCGUUUGAGGAGUCGACCCUUGAGCAGGAUCUGCCGCUAAUGAAUCAGCCAGAAAAGGCCUGUCACUUCCUAGCCCACAAUGGCUGGGUCAUGGGGGAUGAUCCCUUGAGAAACUUUGCAGAACCAGGCUCCAACGUCUACAUCAGGAGGGAGCUGAUUUGCUGGGGUGACAGCGUUAAACUGCGCUAUGGCAACGGGCCUGAAGACUGCCCGUACCUGUGGGCCCACAUGCAGAAAUACACAGAGAUCACAGCCAAACACUUUGUGGGAGUGCGUCUGGACAACUGCCACUCAACCCCACUGCAUGUGGCUGAGUUCAUGCUGGACGCUGCCCGCGCUCUCAGGCCUGACCUGUACGUGGUGGCUGAGCUCUUCACAGGCAGCGAGGAGCUGGAUAAUGUGUUUGUGAAUAAAUUAGGAAUCUCUUCACUCAUCAGAGAGGCCAUGAGUGCAGGAGACAGUCAUGAGGAGGGUAGGCUGGUCUAUCGGUACGGCGGAGAGCCUGUGGGGGCCUUUUUCCAGCCCAAUCUCAGACCUCUGGUGCCCAGCAUCGCCCAUGCCAUGUUCCUGGACAUCACACAUGACAAUGAAUGCCCUAUUCAGGUCCGCUCUGUGUAUGAUUCGUUGCCCAGCUCUGCUAUUGUUUCUAUGGCCUGCUGUGCUACUGGAAGCACCAGAGGUUAUGAUGACAUAGUUCCACACCAGAUCUCUGUUGUGACAGAGGAACGCUUUUAUACCAAAUGGAAUCCUGAGGCUAAACCUUCCUCAUCUUCUGAGGUCAACCUGCAGUCAGGAAUCAUCGCUGGAAAACUGGCACUCAAUCGGUUACACCAGGAACUGGCAGCAAAAGGCUUCAGCCAGGUGUUUGUGGAUCAAGUGGACGAGGACAUUGUGGCCGUCACUCGGCAUUGUCCCAGCACGCACCAAUCUGUGGUUGCUGUGUGCCGCACGGCUUUCAAAAACCCCAAACACCAUAAUUACACGGACGAGGUUCCACCGAUGUGCAUCCCUGGUAAGAUAGAGGAGGUGGUGCUGGAGGCGCGUACAGUGGAGAGGCAGGCGGGUUCCUACAAAAAAGAUGAGAAGAGCAUAAAUGGCAUGCCUGGGUACACGGUGGAGAUUAAAGAGCACAUCCAGUUGAAGGACAGUAAGGUGGCGAGACAGGCUGGCGUGACGUCUCAAGGGUGCAGUGAAUUCGUGCAGGAGAUCCUGUUCGAGCGGCUCACGCCUGGAAGCGUCAUUGCUUUCAGAGUGAGUCUGGACCCCAAAUCCCAGGAGCUGGUGGGUGUGUUAAGGCAUCAUCUCAUUCAGUUCAACCCUCUUUAUAAAGCAGGCAGUCUGCCUGAUCAAAACACACCUGAUGCCCUGAAGACACCGCUUGGACAGAUUAUGUCUAAACUGACUUUGGCUGAUAUGAAUAUUCUGCUGUUUCGCUGCGACGCUGAAGAGAAGGAGGAUGGAGGAGGCUGUUAUAACAUCCCCGUCUGGACCACACUCAAAUAUGGUGGUCUGCAAGGGCUAUUAUCGGUGAUGGCAGAUAUUCGACCCAAAAAGGAUCUGGGCCACCCGUUCUGUGACAACCUAAGGCAGGGGGAUUGGAUGAUCGACUACGUGAGCAACAGGCUGAUGUCCCAAAGCGGGACGCUGGCAGAGGUGGGUCAGUGGUUCCACGCUAUAUUUGCGUACUUGAAGCACAUCCCUCGCUAUCUCAUCCCAUGUUACUUUGAUGCCAUCCUGGUAGGGGCCUACAGCGCUGCCCUUGAUGUGACCUUCAAACAAAUGUCAAGUUUUGUACAGAAUGGCUCAACUUUUGUAAAGCUUCUGGCUCUGGGAUCGGUCCAGAUGUGUGGCGUGGGUCAAUAUCCAGCUCUUCCACCUCUCUCACCAGCCCUGACAGAUGUGCCUUAUCGUUUCAAUGAGAUCACAAAGCAGAAAGAGCAGUGCUGUGUCUCGAUGGCUGCAGGAUUGCCUCAUUUCUCUGCUGGAAUCUUCCGUUGUUGGGGCAGAGACACAUUUAUCGCCCUGAGGGGACUCAUGCUGGUCACCGGUCGACACCUGGAGGCCAGGAAUAUUAUCCUGGCCUUCGCUGGUACUCUGAGGCACGGGCUCAUCCCCAACCUGUUAGGAGAGGGUGUUGGGGCGCGUUUUAAUUGUCGUGAUGCAGUUUGGUGGUGGCUGCAGUGCAUUCAGGACUACUGUACCAUAGUACCCAACGGCACUGACAUCCUCCAGUGCCCCGUGUCCAGAAUGUACCCUACAGACGACUCUAACGCCUUGCCAACAGGCACUGUGGAGCAACCGUUGUACGAAGUGAUUCACGAGGCAAUGGAGCGUCACGUGCAGGGUGUAGAGUUUAGAGAGAGAAACGCCGGACCGCAGAUUGACCGCAACAUGAGAGAUGAAGGUUUCAAUAUAGUGGCCAAGGUGAACCCUGACACUGGCUUUGUGUAUGGCGGAAAUCGAUUUAACUGCGGGACCUGGAUGGACAAAAUGGGAGAGAGUGAGAGAGCCCGCAACAAAGGCAUCCCGGCCACACCAAGAGAUGGCUCAGCCGUGGAAAUAGUCGGUCUGUGCAAGUCUACCUUACGUUGGCUGGUGGAGUUAAACAAACAAGGGCUGUUUCCUUACAAUACCUUGAACAUUAAUAAAGAUGGCACACAGCUCUCUGUGUCCUAUGAAGACUGGGAUAGAAAAAUCCAGAAGAACUUUGAGAAGUUGUUCUAUGUGUCCCAGGACCCAAAUGACCCCAACGAGUUGCACCCCGAGCUGGUUCAUAAGCGAGGCAUUUACAAAGACAGCUUUGGAGCUUCCAGUCCCUGGUGCGACUACCAGCUCAGACCCAACUUCACCAUUGCCAUGGUGGUGGCUCCAGAGCUGUUUACUGUGGAGAAUGCUUGGGAAGCUUUGAACAUUGCAGAAGAGAAACUUCUUGGACCUCUUGGGAUGAAGACUUUAGAUCCAGAUGACAUGGUUUACAGUGGAGUUUAUGACAAUUCUCUUGACAAUGACAACUAUAACAUCACCAGAGGAUUCAACUAUCACCAAGGCCCUGAGUGGCUCUGGCCAAUUGGAUACUUCCUUCGUGCCAAGAUCUAUUUCGCUAGGAAGCUUGGCCCAGACGUCUAUGAAAGGACAGUGUACUUGGUGAAGAAUGUCCUCUCUCGCCAUUACAUCCACUUGGAAAGGUCAUCCUGGAAGGGUCUUCCAGAGCUCACUAAUGAAAAUGGCCAGUAUUGCCCCUUUAGCUGUGAAACCCAAGCCUGGUCUAUUGCCGCUGUGCUUGAGGUUCUUCAUGAUCUGUGAGCUGGGAUUCUCAUCUUCAUUUUCCACCGAUCUUGUUUUAGUGCUCGUGAGCUAAAGUUACCAGCUUGAGCUAAUGCAGACAGUUUACCUCACUCUUCUGUGUGAAGUACCAAAGUCAACAUCCUCCCAUUCAUUUUCAAUAGGACAUUUUCUUGUUCCUCCCGUUGUAUCAUUCAGCUAAAGCGACAGCACUGUAGCAACUUUGAGUGACUUCUUUAGACUGUGAGGUUGCCCUUAAUGUAACUUAAUUGAGAUACAUAGUCAUAAUGUUGUGGUGUUUUUCUGUCAGUCAGUCACAUUUCCUAUGUUUCAGUGUUUAGUAUAAAUAACCCUUUAUUGUAGGUUAGUGUCUUUGUCCUAAAGCUACUGUGUGUGGACAGUCAUCAUAAUGUUCACACUGUGGUAACCUUCUGAUGUUCUCACAAAAUGGUUUUUGGGUGCAUGUUGAAAAUGAGUGAACAAUUAUAAUAAUAUUGUAAAAAUAUAGUAGACAUAAAUGUGAAAUAAAAAAGUUGAAAGGGUAA